AGCCCGACUGUCCCGGAGCUUUUCCAGCUUGUAGAGAAAACGGACGUCCCUCCGGUAACAGGCCCAUGUCUGAAAACCCAGACAGACGCUCACAUUUCCGCACAAAGUCACCCACACAGGAGCACGUCGGCCCGGCCCGAGCAGCAACAGCAGUAGCAAGAUGGAGUGUGAGUGGAAGCCAGACGAGCAGGGACUUCAACAAAUAUUACAGCUGCUGAAAGAGUCCCAGUCUCCGGAUACGUCCACGCAGAGAUCCGUCCAGCAAAGACUCGAGCAGCUGAACCAGUAUCCAGACUUCAACAACUAUUUAAUAUUCGUCUUGACAAAGUUAAAAUCGGAAGAUGAACCCACUCGCUCCCUGAGCGGACUGAUACUGAAGAAUAAUGUGAAAGCGCACUAUCAGAACUUCCCUAAUGGCGUGUCGGAUUUCAUCAAGAGCGAGUGCCUCCAGAACAUCGGAGACUCUUCCCCCCUCAUCCGGGCCACCGUGGGUAUCCUCAUUACCACAAUUGCCUCCAAGGGAGAGCUGCAGAACUGGCCGGAGCUUCUGCCCAAACUCUGCCUGCUGCUGGAUUCUGAGGACUACAACACAUGCGAGGGUGCAUUCGGAGCCCUGCAGAAGAUCUGUGAGGACUCGGCUGAAAUCCUAGACAGUGACAUGUUGGACCGUCCACUCAACAUCAUGAUCCCCAAAUUUCUGCAGUUUUUCAAGCACAACAGUCCCAAAAUUAGGUCUCACGCCAUCGCCUGCGUGAAUCAGUUCAUCAUCAGCAGGACGCAGGCCCUCAUGCUCCACAUCGACCCUUUCAUUGAGAACCUGUUUGCUCUGGCGACAGACGAGGAGCCGGAAGUGAGGAAGAACGUGUGCAGAGCCCUGGUGAUGCUGCUGGAGGUUCGCCUGGAUCGUCUCCUGCCACACAUGCACAACAUCAUCGAGUACAUGCUGCAGAGGACUCAGGACCACGAUGAGAACGUUGCCCUGGAGGCCUGCGAGUUCUGGCUGACACUGGCUGAGCAACCGGUGUGCAAGGAGGUGCUCUGUGGCCACCUCUCGCAGCUCACUCCGGUGCUUGUCAACGGGAUGAAGUACUCUGAGAUUGACAUUAUCUUGCUCAAGGGGGACAUUGAGGAGGAUGAGGCCAUCCCAGACAACGAGCAAGACAUCAGACCGCGCUUCCACCGCUCUCGCACCGUCGCCCAGCAGCAUGAGGGUGAUGGGAUUGAGGAAGACGAUGACGAAGAUGAUGAACUCGAUGACGACGACACUAUCUCUGAUUGGAAUCUGCGUAAGUGUUCAGCAGCAGCACUGGACGUGUUGGCCAACGUGUUCAGGGAUGAUCUGUUGCUGCACAUCCUGCCCCUCCUGAAAGAGCUUCUGUUCCAUCCUGAGUGGGUAGUUAAAGAGUCUGGCAUCCUGGUGCUGGGGGCGAUCGCUGAAGGCUGCAUGCAAGGAAUGAUCCCGUACCUCCCUGAGCUCAUCCCCCACCUCAUCCAGUGUUUGUCUGACAAGAAGGCCCUGGUGCGCUCCAUCACCUGCUGGACACUGAGCCGCUACGCACACUGGGUUGUCAGCCAGCCCCCGGAUAUUUACCUGAAGCCUUUAAUGACAGAGCUGCUCAAACGCAUUCUGGAUAGCAACAAGCGCGUGCAGGAAGCUGCUUGCAGUGCCUUUGCCACUUUAGAGGAGGAAGCCUGUACGGAGCUGGUGCCCUACCUGGCAUUCAUCCUCGAUACGUUGGUGUUCGCCUUCAGCAAGUACCAGCACAAAAACCUGCUCAUUCUUUACGACGCCAUCGGAACACUCGCAGAUUCAGUGGGGCACCAUCUCAAUAAACCGGAGUACAUCCAGAUGCUGAUGCCCCCUUUGAUCCAGAAAUGGAACCAGCUGAAAGACGAAGACAAAGACCUCUUCCCUUUAUUAGAAUGUCUGUCUUCUGUAGCUACGGCCCUGCAGAGCGGCUUUUUGCCCUACUGUGAACCUGUGUACCAACGCUGUGUCAACCUGGUCCAGAAAACCCUCGCUCAGGCCAUGCUUCAUCAGUCCCAGCCAGAUCAGUACGAGGCCCCCGAUAAAGACUUCAUGAUCGUAGCCUUGGAUCUUCUCAGUGGACUUGCUGAAGGUUUGGGAGGCACCAUCGAACAGCUGGUUGCUCGUAGCAACAUCCUCACCCUCAUGUACCAGUGCAUGCAGGAUAAAAUGCCAGAGGUGCGUCAGAGUUCUUUCGCUCUGCUCGGAGAUCUGACCAAAGCCUGUUUCCAGCAUGUCAAACCAUGCAUUGCUGAUUUUAUGCCCAUUCUGGGUACAAAUUUAAACCCAGAGUUAAUAUCUGUGUGCAACAAUGCAACCUGGGCAAUCGGAGAGAUAUCUAUACAGAUGGGGCCUGAAAUGCAGCCGUACAUUGCCAUGGUGCUGCACCAACUGGUGGAGAUCAUUAACAGGCCCAACACCCCAAAGACUCUACUGGAGAACACAGCAAUAACAAUUGGCCGUCUUGGUUACGUUUGUCCUCAAGAGGUGGCACCCAUGCUACAGCAGUUUAUAAGACCCUGGUGCACCUCUCUCCGGAAUAUAAGAGACAAUGAGGAGAAAGACUCUGCGUUCAGAGGAAUCUGCACGAUGAUCAGUGUGAACCCCGGAGGUGUCGUGCAGGAUUUUAUAUUCUUCUGUGACGCCGUGGCCUCCUGGGUAAAUCCAAAGGAUGAUCUCAGAGAUAUGUUCUGCAAGAUCCUUCACGGGUUUAAGAACCAGGUUGGCGAGGAGAACUGGAGGCGCUUCUCAGAUCAGUUCCCAAUGCCGCUGAAGGAGCGGCUCGCCACCUUUUACGGGGUGUAACCGCUUCCACAGCACUGUGCCUCAUCGCUGGGGUCAUUCACUAUGGGAGACAAAAUAGGGAACCAUCCCAGGGAACAUGUUACCCUUUACCGGGGGGAAGGGCCAGCCUGUCAAGGGAAGGGAAGGGGUGCGGACCCCCUCCACGACCUGGCGGACGGGGUGGGAGGGAGGUGGUAGCUGCAGUUCUCAGUGCCCCUUUGCACAGGCAAGCGGGCAGACAAGAGACUGGCAGAACAACAUAAUCAUGGGAGGAUAAUUCAUGUAAUCACACCUCAGUCGCAAUUUAUGAAAUCUAUCACCCUGUGUUUCUUUUCAAACUUCCCCCCCCCCAAAUGUAAUUUUUUUUUUGGACUACUGAAGAGAAAUGUAAGCAAAAUAAAUGAAGAAAACCGUUCCUAAUGUUAGAUGCAGAUAAUGAUCUUCAGGGCAGACAUUUAAUUUAAAGAAGACUGUUCCAAAAAACAACAAAUAUUACGAAGAGAUGCUGAAUUAGCAUCAAAACAGACGGAUAGCUUCAAGCUAAGGACUUUUAAGUAAAGCUAACGAUGCAUUUUAUAAACUCCAGCGCCGCAAAAUAGAAAUGCAUAUCACCAAGAAACACUUAUCACCUAUAUAGUCAUUGGUUUAGUUCCGUUUCUUUUCUUUAGCAGGGCAAAAGCUGUUAGAUAUGUCACCAGAGAGCACAACGUUUCCUUUUAAAGAUCAGCUUUUCGGGGGUUAGGUAGCAUGCUUGUAUCAUUGUGAAAAGCUCUUGAAGAUUAGUGGCGUGUGUUGAUCGCGACGGCUGUCAUCGCCCUUCGAUGAGGUUCUUCUUUGAUCUUGUAAUUUUUGUAUUUAAAACUAGUUUCUGUUUCUUCUGCCAGAGAUAUACGGCACCGAGCUGUAACGUAGCAUGACGGGGGUUCACGCGCCUCAAACCGGAAGCGCGUCAGAUCCCGGCCGUGGUGUAACUUUUGGAGUGGAUCGCUGUCUUUUGGUCUCGUGGCGUGAAUGUGAACUUGGAACGUCCGUCUUCAGGCAUAUCAAGAGCUUUACACGCUUUCAGUCCUUUUGUGUUGUUCUGAGCUUCGUGAAGGAGAAAUGAAGGAGCAGCAUGCAGGUUGACGUCCUGUGUGUGUUAGUCCUUUUUUUUAUUAUUAUUUUUUUUUAAAUAGUUUUCUUCUGGACUCAACACCUCAAUGAUACAAAUCCUGUCUGUGAUUUUUGUGACUUUUUGGCUGUCAAAUCCAUUCAAAACCAUCAAAAUCAAUGUUACGUAUGUUUAUUUCUCAGUGUACUGAACUUCUGUUAGUGGUUGUCUGGGCUUCUUGUGCUUUAAAUAAGCAUGAUCUUGAGGAUGACUGUGUAAUGUUUUGGGUGGUUGUCACUGUGGGGUACUUGGAUGCUUUCAUCUCUUGCAUGUUGGUGGCCCCUCACACCCCGACAAAUAGUGGGAAGGGGAUCGUGGGAGGAGGGAGGGAGGGGAAGCUUCGAUUCACUUAAAAAACAACAACAUAGUAAUCUUUUAUGUAACGAAACACUGGGACUUUAGUAACUUCUCAUGAAUUUCGCUGGAGUGUUCUCCCUUAACUUUUUACCCCAUAGCUGGAUGUAUAGUUUUAAAUACUGUGAAAGUACAAGAAUGUUAACGUCUCUGCUUGGUUUGCGCUGUUAUAUUUUACAAAAGUGUCUAUGUGUUUAAGUUAGAGAGGGCCUGAUUGUAUUCCAUGAUGGGUUGGAGAGAUACAUUUUUUUUUUAUAGUUGUUUUUUGUUUAUUUUUUUUUAAUGCCCAGCCAGUCAUUUUUUUCCUCUGCUGGCCAGAGUAAUAGCUGCAGUAUUUUAAUAUUUUAUGAUGCACAUGACUUGCACUUAAGAAAAAAAAAUAAAAACUUAACUAGCAAGUGCUUGAAAUGAAUGAUGUAGCCAAAACCUUUGAGAAUAUGACCUUACAGAUCGUUAAUGAAGUAUUGCUGCUAAAAAUAAUAGUAAUAAUGAUAUGUACCUACCAAAUGCAAUAAGCAUCUUGAUGCAAUUGGGUUAUUAGAUGAUAAAACUGUGAUACAUUGGAGCUGAUCUCUUAGGUGAAACAUUUAAAAUGAGGUAAAUUGCGUACAGGAUAUGAAGCAUCAUGGAAUACAGAGGCAAACACUUGUGUGUGUGUCACAUCAUUUUGUGUUUUGAAGUGAUUUCGUCUGUCACAUUCCAGCAUUUUUGGCAUGCAAAUAUUGGAGUAAUCACAUCUAGAUGGGGUGUGUGCGUGCGUGCGUGCGUGCAUGCAUGUCUGUGUGCAUGUGUGCGUGUGUGUUUGUGUGUAUACAGUCCUGUUAUUCUUUCAUUGAAAGAGAGUUGGUCUAUAAAACACGCGAAACAAUCCCCAUUAUUACUGUGCUGUAUUUCUGACUCGACUGCUGCUAUACAUUGUGUUUCACCACUUGAAUCUGUGUUUUCUAUGUGUUGACCUCAGGCUGUUUGUGUCCAGUGUUAUUUGUUUUGAUCAUUUCCCCUCAAUGUGUACGCCUUUAUGCAUCUCCUCUUAAUAACUAAAGAUUAGUUUAAAUAAACAAAGAGAGCUUGCCCUUCAUAUUAGAAACGGAUAACCGUGGGUGUUAAUCGAUGUUGCCGAUAAUGCGUGCGACACUGCUAGCUGUCUAAUGGGAUUUCAAUUGCAAAGCAAAGGGGGGGUAAGAACAAUUCAAAAAUGGUAACUUGCACAUACUUUACGUACUUUUUCUCAAAGGUGAUUGUCAUCAAACGAGGGUAAAUAGUGUGAUCUCUACACAAUGCCUUGAGAGCAAAGACUUUGAGGCGUGUCGGUGUUUCGUAGUAGAAAUACAGUAUACUGUAUCUUAAGAAACAGGUAACGCCUAAUUCAAAAGCAAAGAAAUAGGUUGAUAACUUAAAAUAUUUGCAAAUAUGAGUUUGACUUUCUAUGAAGCUUUAUUGAAAAUUUGUAUUUUAUAAAGCACCCACCACUAUUGAGGAAUGUCUAGUCAAAGAGCUCAUGUAUUCUGAUAUUCGAUUAGCCUUUAAACUUGAUUAGAUUACCUGCCUUCAUCUUUUUUGCUAAUAAAAAGCGAAAGCAUCAUUUUGAUAGACAUGGUUUGAUUUUAUUUGUUUUUUUUUUUUUUUUUUUUAAUAAGCUGCUGAAUUUUCAAAAA